UCUCUCUCUCCCCCCCUCGCUCAACAGAUAUGAUAUUUUAUUUAAAUAACUAUUGAGAGUCUUCCGUUUGAGUCGUAUAUUCUUUAGGCGUCUGUCUAUAUAUUGGGGCUGUCCUUUCCUACUUAGUACUCCCACAAGUAUAAUUCACUCCCUUGUAGUCUGAAAAAUUGUGGGUUAUAACAAAAUUUAGACAUGGAGGGCAAGCUCUUAAAAUCAAGGUUUAAGUCUGUCUGUGUGUUUUGUGGGAGUAGUGCUGGGAAGAGAGAUUGUUACAGAGAUGCAGCCAUUGAACUGGCCCAAGAGCUGGUAUCAAGAAGGUUGGACCUUGUCUAUGGUGGAGGCAGUAUUGGGCUAAUGGGUUUGGUUUCUCAGGCUGUUCAUCGUGGUGGAGGGAAUGUUCUCGGGAUCAUUCCCAGGACUCUGAUGUGUAAAGAGAUAACAGGCGAGACAGUUGGUGAAGUUAGGCCAGUUGCCGGCAUGCAUCAAAGGAAGGCAGAAAUGGCCCGCCAUUCUGAUUGUUUUAUUGCCUUGCCAGGUGGGUAUGGAACACUAGAGGAGUUGCUUGAAGUGAUCACCUGGGCUCAACUUGGUAUCCAUGACAAGCCAGUGGGUCUGCUCAAUGUGGAUGGCUACUACAACUCUCUCCUCACGUUCAUUGAUAAGGCAGUCGAUGAUGGUUUCAUUAAGCCUUCACAACGCCACAUCAUAGUCUCUGCCCCCAAUGCCAAAGAGCUUGUUCAAAAACUCGAGGAGUACGUGCCCGUGCAUGAUGGAGUCAUAGCCAAGGCAAGGUGGGAUGUUGAACAACAACAGCAGAUAGGUUUCAAGCCCGCUUCAUUGCAGACUGAGAUCGCACUAUGAAAGAUCAAACCUAUAACAAAAACAAAAGAAGUUGGGGAAAAAGGUGGUUUAGGCUGUUUGCUUUUCGUCUAAUAUUUGGGUCAUAUAGAUCAACCAAAUACCAUAAUGGUAUGUGGUUAAAGCACAAUCGUUGACACAUGGCUGAUCUUUAAAUAUGUUAAUAAUAUAUAUAUAUCUACUAUAAAUGAUGGGCCUACUGCUCUUAAAGUUGAA